UUCAGUGAGGGGUUUUGUCGUGUCGAGGAAAGCCGACGACAAGGCGACGAAUCCAAUCUCCGACACAGCCACGGAAACAGACGCGGAAACAGCCUUAGCUUCCUCCUGCAACUCUUCCACCGCCCCUCAUUUUUCUUUAACUAUUUACUCUCCUCCGUCUUCCGCCACUCUCGCUCCGCUCCCAAAUCCCAUUUGAUCCUCUUCUCCUCCAUCUCUCCUCACCCAGUUACUCCAGAGGAGGUAGCAGGAGGGAGACAUGAGCAUCGAGAGGAACCACGGGGGCUGCAUGGCUGUCGGAUCGCUGCCGCCGCCCUCCAUCUUCAAGUGCGCUCACAGCGCUCCCGCUGCCAAUGCCGAUGAUCAGACAUGUGGUUCACCAAGAUGGAUCGGGAAAGGACUAUCUUGUGUUUGUAUGAAACGCAAAGGAACUUAUGAGCGCAUCUGCAUGAAUCUAACUCCUUUGCAGGAAGAAAGACUUCAAAGACUGAAGCACCGUGUGAAUGUUUAUUUUGAUGGUUCAAGACGAGAUCAUCAGGAAGCUCUCAGGGCUCUUUGGCAUGCAACAUACCCCAAUAAGGAACUCAGUGGUUUGGUAUCUGACCAAUGGAAGGAUAUGGGUUGGCAAGGGAGGGAUCCAUCUACUGAUUUUCGUAGGGGUGCUGGGUUUAUUUCAUUGGAGAAUCUGCUGUUCUUUGCAAAAACAUUCUCUAAUUCCUUCCAAACGUUGCUAAACAAGCAAUUCGGGAAACGGUCUACCUGGGAAUAUCCUUUUGCAGUGGCUGGCGUCAAUAUCACUUUCAUGAUUAUACAAAUGCUAGAUUUGCAAUCUACAAAGGCCAGGACAUUCGUCAGAGCCGUCUUUGUCCAAAUGCUGUCUGAGGAUGAAUGGGCGUUCGAUUUGCUCUACUGUGUAGCCUUCAUGUUGAUGGACAAGCAAUGGCUACAAAGAAAUGCUUCCUACAUGGAAUUCAAUGAGGUUCUGAAGUCGACUCGAGGGCAGCUGGAGAGGGAGCUCAUGAUGGACGAUGUAAUUAGGAUAGAAGACAUGCCAUCAUAUAACCUUCUCGGAUGACUGCUGAAUUGUAAAUUAUGCCUUCUUUUCCUGCUCGAUCCAUGUUUUUUACUCACUGCUGGUAUUGUUUUCAAGCAUGGAAUCGCAUGACAUCUCUGGGUUAAAGCGAAAAA